AUGCCCAACCCAGCCCCUGCCCUGUGGGGCUUCCCCCUAGGCUCCAGGAGCAACCAGGAGGAUAAGGUUGGCGUCUUUGUCCCUGGGGACAUCAAAGCCUUUGGGGCGGACCCCAGGACCUGUGGCUCCUCCUCCCUCAUCAGCCCCUUAAAGUUCACCUGGGCGGCAGCUUCCCACCACACUCUGGAGCUCCCCUCGCCGCCGCAAUCUACUGACCUACCGGGAUCUGCAAAGCCAAUGGCCUCAAGGGGCACACCAGCUCCGAGUCCCCACAGCCCCAUCUCGGCCUCCCUGGAGGAUGUGGAUCUCUGGACCGAGUUCUAUCGGGUUGGCACAGAGAUGGUCAUCACCAAAUCUGGCAGACGAAUGUUCCCUCAGUGCAAAAUCAGGCUCUCCGGCUUGGUCCCUUACCUCAAGUACGUGGUGCUGGUUGAUUUUGUGUCUGUGGACAACUUCAGGUAUAAGUGGGCCAAAGACCAGUGGGAGGUGGCGGGCAAGGCCGAGCCUCAGCUCCCUGGCCGCUCCUACAUCCACCCAGACUCACCAGCCUACGGCAGCCACUGGAUGAAGGAGCCGGUAUCCUUCCACAAAAUGAAGCUCACCAACAACACGCUGGACCAGCACGGCCACAUCAUUCUCCAUUCCAUGCACCGCUACCAGCCCCGCUUCCUUGUGGUCCAGGCUGAUGACCUCUUCAAUGUCUGCUGGAAUCUCUUCCAAGUCUUUAGUUUCCCCCAGACGGUCUUCAUCUCCGUCACAGCCUACCAGAACGAGCAGAUCACGAAGCUCAAGAUCGACAACAAUCCUUUUGCGAAAGGAUUCCGGGAACAAGGGAGGAAGCCGAGGAGACUUAGCCCAGGCCAGGGCCCGAAGAAGGAGCGGCUCGGGGAGCUCGUGAACAGCCCUGAGUCGGAGCAGUCUGGUCUGACCAAGGAGGAUGCUGAGGAGCAGGCCGAGGCCAGGGGUGGCUCCGGGCCGGUCAAUGGCAGCAGGUUCUCCUUGCUCUGGGGGCCCUGCGGGAUGACCGGGACAGAGGGGCCCCCAGGAGAAGCAGCGGGGACCGGCCCUGGUCCUUACCCUGCGUACAGGUUCCAGGACUUCAGCCCCGGCCUGUGGGAAGCGGUUCCUGGCAGCGAUCGGCGGCCCCAGCCGGGGCCGGCCGGGGCCGAGCCGGAGGUCCGACAGCUGCCGGACAAAGCAGGGCCGCACGGUCCCCUGUACUCGGCGUACGGCCCAGAGGCCGGGCCCGGCCCGUGGCUGGUCCCUGCCCCUGGCCAGCCCCGGCCCUUCCCUCCCCUGGACGGGGCCUCCACAGACUGGGGCCAGUGCCCCAUCUUCUCCUACGCCUGCUGCCCUCCUCCUCCGCCCCCUGCCCGCUCUGUGGCUGAUAAUAAAAACUGUCUCCUGUCUGAUGGCGUGGCUUCUGUGGGCCGCGACCCUGGCACUGCCCCUGCCCGGCCUCGGGCAGCAGGUAACGGGCCUGCCUCGUGCUGGCCACGGGCACCCCCUACCCGCUGUGAGACUCGGGAGCCGACCCGGGGAGGGAAACGGCAUCGAGAGCCCGGCGGGGCGGCCACAGGGCCAGAACGGACGCUGGGCUCUGGGGCAAGUGUCCGUCGGCAAACCGAAGGCGCCUGCCGUGUUUCAGAAGGGGAGGGGGCAGAAGGGAGCCCCCAGCCUGGAACAGCUCCCCAAGCAAGCCGGAGAGACCCCACGGCCCUAUCAGAGUUGACUCUGCGUGUGCGCAUGCGCGCCCCUGUCUGCCCUGCCCUGCCCUCCGGCACUGCUCAGCCUCUGGGGCGGCCCCUGGGCUCCUGCGGGGAGGAGCCUCUUCGCUGCAGUCUCUCGGCGGCCCCCACCCCGGCUCCCUCCUCCCGGCUGCCCUCCUGGAGGCCCGCCGGGAACGGGCCGCCCCGAAGUGGCCGCUCUGAGGUCCCCCCUCCAGCGGGUGGCCUGACUCCCGGGCCAGAGCGCCGGGGCGGACAGCGCAGCGCUCUCUGCGCGCAGGAGCCCCCCCACCCCCACCCCAAAAUGGAAGCGGCCGCCCGGCAGGGACGCCCCGUGCCCCGCCUCCCCUCCCCACUCCCAGCCACCCCGGGAGGUCCUGAACACCCCGUGGCGGGAAUCCGCGGCUGGGCCUCUCGGACCUCCCAGCCCGGCUUUGUGGCGAGGAGACUGAGGCAGGCGGCAGCCUUUUGUGCCCCUCCGGGGGGGCGGGGCCACAGCCUCUCUGACAGGGAAACCCGAGGCCAGAGCUUCGGCUCAGCCCUGCCCCCCCCCUGGCGGGGGGCCUUCGCGGGACCCCAGAGCAGCUGCUUCCCAAACAUGUGCUUCCUGGUGGAAGGAUCACCCUCGGGAGGAACGGAGGGGACUCCAGGGGGAUCCUGGGAAGAAGAGGCCCACCAGGAGAAAAGCAAAGGCCCCGAGCCUGAAAACCCAGCAGUGAGCAUCCGCCCAGAGUGCCAUGGCCGGCGAUGGACAGUGGGGGAAGGUGGAGGACUCGCUGGCAAACACACAGAGGAAGAGGACCAGGAGGAGGAGGCCCCCGAGACUGGCCCUUGA